CAGCUCUGCGUAUUUCGAACAUGAAUACAUUGCUGUUAGCGCUCUAGUAUUCUUAUUAUAUCUCUAUGUCUGAAACCCACCAGGGCUUUUUUUUGGCUCCCAGACAAGGCUUGAGCCUCGGCCGAAUGCAAUAGUUUGCUCAAAAUAGAAAAUUUUUAAGUAAUUCGUACAUAACUCACACAGGUCGCUGUUGUUCGCAUAGUGGCUCUUUUUCCGCUCGAACUAGCAUUCGCUCGAAGUGGCAUCUGCUCGAAUUGACUGAUACUCUUUGGAAAUUCGGAUUAUACUGUACUGUGUACUGUACUUGCUGUGCGGCCAUGGCGGCGAAUGUAUGGGAAGAGACGGUUCGUGCAAAAAAGGAAAAUCGUCGGGAACUAGUACUUUCUGGGAAUCAAAUAUCAAGCAGAAUAGAUGAUGGUGGUCUUGAUGACAAUAUAUUCAACCUUAAAAUGUUGAAUUUUCUUGAAAUAUCAAAUACAAGUUUGACCUUUAUCAGUGAAAAGAUAGGCCUGCUCUCAAGCAUGGUGAACCUAGUUCUGAGAGGAAACAAACUUGACAGGCUUCCGCCGUCGCUAGGCCAACUUCAUAUGUUAAAAUUGCUUGAUGUUUCUGGUAAUAGUUUAUCAGUCCUCCCAUUUGAAAUUAAUGAACUGACAAAUCUCCAGAGUAUUGAUGCAAGUAAUAAUCUGAUUUACGAACUACCUGAUAUGAAACGACUGAACAAAUUAGCUGUUGUGAACUUCGCUGGGAACAAGCUAAAGUCGAUCGAGCCUUUAUUUUCAAAUUGUUUUGCACAUUUGAGCGACUUGAUAGCCUCAGCCAAUGCUAUUGAACUGAUAAGCGGCAAUAUUGAUCAGUUAGAGGCUUUAAAAAAACUUGAUCUCCAUGAAAAUGUUAUUAGUGAGUUGCCCGUCGAGUUAGGUAGUUGUCCAAAGUUAAAAGAAUGCUUGUUUCAAAAUAACAAAUUCAAAGAUAGGCGCCUGGACAAGCUUGUAAAACAAUGUAAAACAAAGGCAAUUUUAGACUAUGUUAGAGCAAAUGGUAAGAAAGGGACCAAGACGAGAUCAACUGACAAUGAAGAGGAUGGGUUUAAGCUAGGUAAGGGCAAGAAACUUAGUAAGAAGAGAGAGAAGGAAACAGCACUAUUAAAAACUGAAAAGAACAUCAAGGUUCUACCUCUAGCUGACUGCCCAACAAGCAACAUUAUUGAUGUUGUUGUGACCAAACAUACCGCCAUCAUACGACCAUAUAUUGUCUGUUGUGUUGUCCGAAACAUAGACCUGGAGAGAGGUAGCAAUUUUAAGCAGUUUCUUGCAGCUCAGACCAAGUUGCAUGAUGCAUUGUGUGCCAAGAGGACGAAGGCAACUAUUGCAACCCAUGACCUAGCCCUUAUCAAGACACCUGUAAAGUUUGAUGCUAUUCCUCCUGCAGUUCUUAAGAUCAUUCCUCUUGGAAAGCAAAAAGAGGAAACUGCCCUCACACUUGUGUCACGAUUAAACAAAGAGGCAGAUGAGCUACAGAAAAAAAUGAAGAGGAGUUCCGUUUCAGGAGUACACAAGCCUGCUCCCGAGUCUGUUAGGCUGUCUGAUUUUGUUUUUGCUGCUAAGGGAUGGUCAAGACCUACGGUUGAUGAAACCAACAUGAUUUUGUACGAUUCCUUUAUACCAGAAUCCCCAAUAUACCUGGAUUUACUUAAAGAUAAACAACUUUACCCAUGUGUGACAAAUGCUGAUGAUCAGGUGAUUUCCUUCCCACCAAUCACAAACUCAGAUAUUUCCAAGAUAUCUCCACAAACAAAAGAUGUCUUUAUUGAGGUCACUAGCUCUACAGAUUUAAAUAUAUGUAAACAAGUUAUGGAUACCCUCCUGAAAGCAAUGCUGGACAUAAAAAUGGGUGGACUACCAACCAAUCAACAUGAAAAUAUCAUGAAAAUAGGUAACAUAGACAUACAAUCACCAGACGAUGGAGCAACAUGUGGUACCCCUCACCAAGUGGACAUGACUUGCCAUGGAAAUGAUGAGCCGGUUGCAUUUGAUUGGCAGCAGCGUCUGAAUGUGCAACAAGUGAAGAUUGUGGAUACAGAUGGUAACCUGAAGGUUCUAUAUCCAUCUAGAGUUGAUUUAAAAUAUGAUGAGCAGGACGUUUGUGUUGACCGGCCAAUGUCUUGAAAGUAUUUGAACCAUUCCCUACCAAGUAGUUUCGUUCUGAAAGAGAAAGAGAGGGUUAAAAUACUAUUAUGUUUUUUUUUUUAUCAAUCAAGUUCAAAUAGGAAUUUUCUUUGUGACUAUACAUGAUCACUUUAAAGCUCGUUUUUGGAUUAGACUUCCAAUAAGUCAGCAGCAGCAGCAGAAAGGAGGGCGUUUAUAAAGCAACUACAUGGAAUGGAUUAGUCACUAAUAAUUAGUGAACUGGCUAUUACAUUGGCACUAUGCUGUAAUGUUAUCCUAACUUGGUCUAUGAGCCUUACUACUGUACUCUAUUUACUUUAUCAGACUUUUAAGUAUUGACACAUAAAUACCAACUGUAUUGCAUCGUGCAGGACGGUCCAGCAUUUCAAAAUGAUUUUGGAAUAAACACGUGCAUGAUCUUAAAUUGUUCACGCAUUUAGCACAAGUCUAUGUGUGAUAACAAAUUAUUAAUUAAGGGGAAAUUGUAUAAAAAGAAAUCUGUUUUAUUAAAAACAUAAAAAACAGUUGUGAAGUAACUUCAGAAAAUUAAACAUACCUGUACAUUGA